CCCAUGACAGGGAGGACCAGCCUCCAAGGGGCCACACCCUGGGCCCUGUCUGUCCUGAGGGCGCCUGACUCUCCUCCAGCUGCACAGCCUGGACCACAGGGAGGAGACGCCAUGACCCCCACGCUCCCAGCCCUGCUCUGCCUCGGGCUGAGUGUGGGCCUGGGGACCCAGGUGCAGGCAGGGACCCUCCCCAAACCCACCCUCUGGGCUGAGCCAGGCCCUCUGGUCCCCUGGUAUAGCCCUGUGAUCAUCUGGUGUCAGGGGACCCUGGAGGCCAAGGAGUUCCAUCUGGAUAAAGAGGGAAGGCAAACUCCCUGGUACCGACUGAGCCCACUGGAGGCUAGGGACAAGGCCAAGUUCUCCAUCCCAUUCACAACUGAGGCCUAUGCAGGGAGAUACCGCUGUUACUAUAUCAGCCCCACUGGCAGGUCAGAGCCCAGUGAUGCGCUAGAGCUGGUGGUGACAGGAGCCUAUGAGAAACCCGCCCUCUCAGCCCUGCCCAGCCCUGUGGUGGCCUCAGGAGGGAAUGUGACCCUCCAGUGUGGCUCAGGGCACGGAUAUGAGAGGUUCAUUCUGACUAAGGAAGGAGAACACAAGUCCUCCUGGACUCUGGACACACAGAGAUACCCUAAUAGGCAGACCCGGGCCCUGUUUCCUAUGGGCCCCGUGACCCCCAGCCACAGGGGGACAUUCAGAUGCUAUGGCUCUUUCAGAGACAAACCCCAGGUGUGGUCACACCCCAGUGACCCCCUGGAGCUCCUGGUCUCAGGGGACUCUGGGAAGCCCUCCCUCCUGACCCCGCAGGGCCCUGUUGUGGCCUCUGGACAGAGCCUGACCCUCCAGUGUUGCUCUGCCAUCAGCUACGACAGGUUCGUUCUAGCCAAGGAGGGGGCACGGGACCUCCCCCAGCGCCCUGCCUGGCAGCCCCAGGCUGGGCUCUCUCAGGCCCACUUCCCCCUGGGCCAGGUGAGCAGCCACCCUGGGGGCCGGUACAGAUGCUACGGUGGACACAACCUCUCCUCCCUGUGGUCGGCCCCCAGUGACCCCCUGGACAUCCUGGUGGCAGGAUGGUUCCCUGCCAUACCCUCCCUCUUGGUGCAGCCGGGCUCCUCGGUGGCUGCAGGACAGAACGUGACCCUGCUGUGUUGGUCAUGGAGUCCGAUGGACACUUUCCUUCUGUCCAAGGAGGGGGCGGCCCACCCCCCGCUGCGUCUUAGGUCACAGCCGGGCAGAGCUGGGCAGAACCAGGCCCAGUUCUCCAUGGGUCCUGUGACCUCAGCCCACGGGGGCACCUACAGGUGCUACGGCUCACUCAGCAGGGACCCCUACCUGCUGUCACAGCCCAGUCACCCCCUGGAGCUCGUGGUCUCAGGAGGCUCCCAGGAUCAGCCCCUCCCCCCCAUGGACUCAGGCCCCCGCAGGGGCCUCCCAUGGUACCUGAGCCUUCUGAUCGGGGUCUCGGUGGCCUUCGUCCUGCUGCUGCUCCUCCUCUUCCUCCUCAUCCGACACCGACACCGGGGUCAGGACAGACGCAGGAAGUCAGGGGCUGCAGACCGGGAGCCUGAGGACAGAGGCCUGCAGAACAGCUCCAGCCCAGCCGCCGACGCCCAGGACCAGAACCUCUCAGAUGCUGCCAUGAAGGACACACAGUCUGAGGAGGGGGCGGAGCUGGACCAUCUGGUGAGACCCCUCCUUCUGGCCAGGCCACCAAAGACCUUCUCGUGGCCCAACUUCACCUGGUGCAGCCGUCUCAGUGCCCUCACCCCAGCUCCAACAGCACCCACACCGGCCUCUCCUCUGGGUCCCCGGGUCGUCCCCCUGUGGCUCCCCCUCCUGUCUCCUUGUGGCCCCACCUUCAGGGUCCCCUCUCCCUACUCCUCAUCCUCUGUCUGACCCUCUGGUGCUGGAUGCAGCCCCGCGGCUUAGGAGGAUGCAUGGAUAAGGGAAUGGCCUGCAAGUGCCCAGGCUCCCGUCCUUCCUGCUCCCAACAGACGGGCCCAGGGGAGCACCUCGCCCGGCCCCCUGUAGGUGCUGCAGCUGCAGAGGGAGCACGGCCUACAUUGCCUGAGCUCCCCUGCAGCGGGGAGAGAGGCGCUAUGCAGAGGGGCAGGCAGGGUCCUCAGACGCAGGGAGAUAAAGCAAGAGAAGGGGACUGGGUGCUGGCGGGGGGCAGCAAGUCCAAAGGUCCUGGCUGAGGCCGAGAUGGGCUGUGGCAGGAAGGUGGGCGGUGUGGCUGGAGCCACAUGAGCAAGGACAGGUGCUGAGACAGAAUCAGAAUCCCGGAAAGCAUCCAUAGGCCCCGAGGUGUGAGGGAGCCCUGGCGAUUCCAUCAGCAAAGGGACCUCAGCGGACCACGGAGGGGAACACUGACUGUAGGAGGGGAGCGGGACCCGGGAGGUGCUGUUUCUGUCUCACCGUCUCCCUCCAGCAGAACAAGCGCAUGGAGACCCCCAGGAGCGGAUGUCCGCCCAGGUCAACCACUCCAGAUUGAGAGUGAGGCAGGGGGUGGCCCCCUUUCCUUCCUCCCCAUCAGGGGCACUGCUGGACAGAGAAGCCAAAGACAACAGGCAGGGGGACAGUCAGGUGUAUCCCUGCCUCUCUGCGCCCCCAGGCUUCCCCUCACCCCAGAUAUACAGCUGGACUCUCUCUCCCCCACUGCAGGCUGCUGCAUCUGCAGAUGCCCAGGACGUGACCUAUGCCCAGCUGAGCUACAGGACCCUCAGUCAGGGGACAACGGCACCCCCUCCCUCCCAGUCUGGGGAGCCCCCAGCAGAGCCCAGCGUGUAUGCUGCUCUCGCCAUCCG